AUGACAGGUCAUAGGCUGAGGUCAGCUGGUAGCACCGGAGGGAAUGGGGGGCGAAGGAGGGCGUGGGGUGGGGAGGUGGAGGAGGUGCGGGCAGAUAAGAUGUGCAUGGAUAAGGGAGGGCUGCUGGGAGGGGAGGGAGGUGGUGUGGGGAGCGAGGAGAGGGGUGUGGGAAGGAGGAGGGGGAGGCGGAGGAAGAGCGAGAGGAUGAAGGAUGAAGAAUAUCUCUGGGGCACGGUUCAUGGUUCAGACGGAGGGGAAGAAGAGGAGGAGGAAGAGGAAGAGGAAGAGGAAGAGGAGUAUGAAGAGGAUGAAGCAGAGGAGGAAGAGGAGGAGUAUGAGGAAAUGGAGGAAGCAGAUGAGGAGGAAGAGUUGCUGACUUGGAAAGAUGCUCAGGGUAACGGAAGAGUUGGUAACGGCACGUAUGUGAGUCAAGGGCAGUACGGCGAAGCAGAGGAGAUGGCACGCUGUUUGAUGGCAGGUGCUGAGAAGGGCGAGGGUGAGGUGGACGAUGGCAGGGAGGGAGACGUGCAGCACAACCCUGGGCAGCGGAGGAGAGGUUAUGGCGGCCAGGAGCUGGGGCAUGAGGGUGGAGGGAGAGGCGGCCUUGGUGCUGCAGGUGUGGCUCUGGAGAGUGGUGGAGGGCGAGGGGUCUGGGUGGAGGAACCGAAGGUCGGCGUGGCGGAGGGCGGUUAG